GUUUUUACCUGUCCCUCGCUGACGUCAUCAAAGUAUCUCGUUAUAACGCUGCGGCCAUGUUAGUUAUGUUAGUAGCCGUUUAUGAUGCUACCUUUAGCCUGGGUGUGCGAGUGAGGUGUGUCCGAGUGUGUGUGUGUGGAAUUAGCUCAUCUACCCUUGUGAGCAAAAGGACCGUUUUGCUGGUCCCCACAAAUCCAAGCCUCAGUGUGAGGGUUCAAACAUCAAAAUAUCUGGGUCCCAGUCUGGUCCAGAGUCCUGGUUCAGGUCAGGGCGUGGACACCACUCUGUCCGAGGUUGGGGUUCAGCAGGGUGAGGCGGUGGGUCAGUACCUGUCGGGUCUCCACUUCCAUCAUGUGUACGUUAGUAACCUGCAGCGCACGGUUCAGACAGCUGAGCUCAUCCUGAGGAACAACUCGCUCUGCUCUGGGGCUGAGAUGGUUCUGGAGCCACUGCUCAGAGAGCGGAGCUUCGGUGUCGCCGAGGGACGACCCAAGGAGGACCUGAAGAACAUGGCCAACGCCUGUGGUCAGUCUGUUCGGCAGUACACGCCACCAGGGGGGGAAACUCUGGAGCAGGUGUUGGUGCGAUUUAAAAAGUUCCUCCGGAGUCUGUUCCGACAGCUGCUGGACGCUCACAGCCAGGAGGCGUCGGACACGCGCGGGGCUCCGCUCUCGGCCGGCGAGGAGGAGGAGGAGGGGGGAGCGGCGGCCGGCCUCCCCGACGACGGCCUCCAGGGGGUGCCGGUCCACGUGCUGCUGGUCAGCCACGGCGCCUACAUCCGCGUGGCGGUGCGACACCUGAUCGAGGACCUGAAGUGCUCGCUGCCCUCGGGAGCCAAGAUGUCGCAGCUGCUGUCGCCCAGUCCCAACACGGGAAUCAGCCGCUUCGUUCUCAGCGUCAGCCAGGCGGAGUCCACGCCGGCGCUGGACGCCGCUCGCUGCGUCUUCGUCAACAGGAAAGGCCACCUGGACCGGCUGUAACCCAGGGACGGCCGCUCCUGACACGGCUCCUCAGCGCCAGCUUUUAUUUUUCUACAGCGUCUAAGUUUCUCGUGUGGGAUGUGCAAUAUGGCCGCGCGUCUGGUGUAAACCUCGGUUCUUGAAAUAAAGAGCCCAGACGUG